AUGCAAACUUCAUCUGAUAUUGAAGACUGCAGUCGCAUCAAGGCAUACGAGCAGGAUACUGGACGCAUCAUAGACACUUUGAACCAGUGCAUGGAACAGCUGCCAGCCAACAAGUUAAAACAUGUCUCUCACAUUGGACUCUCAGGGCAAAUGCACGGGGUAUUGUUUUGGAAAGCCCCAAGUGGUUGUGACUGGUCCAGCAGAAAGUUCUUCAUUUCCAAAGACACCAGUCAGCUGAUCACCUGGCAGGACGGCCGCAGUAACAACAAUUUUCUUUCAACUCUUCCAAAACCAAAUUCACACAUUGCAUUAGCCACAGGCUUUGGAUGUGUCACUAUCUUUUGGUUCCUGAAGCAUAGACCCAACUUUCUCGAGGAGUUUACAACUGCUGGAACUAUCCAGGACUAUGUGGUGUCUAUGUUGUGUGGUUUAGAAAAAUGUGUGAUGACACCUCAAAAUGCAACCAGCUGGGGUUACUUCAACACCUCAAAAAACCAAUGGAACCAAGAAAUUCUGGAGGGUGCUGGCUUUCCUAUACACCUGCUUCCUCAGUGCAUACCUUCUGGGGCAUUUGCAGGACACACAUGCAGGGACUGGCACGGCAUUCCCCCUGGUACUCCAGUGGGGGCAGCUUUGGGAGACUUCCAAUGCUCAGUCUACUCAAGCAUGCGCACGCACUCAGACGCAGUUCUUAACAUCAGUACCUCUGCCCAACUGACCCAUGCUAUGCCUGUUGGCUUCACACCUCCAGUUUCCCCACAAUCAGACUCACCUGUCACCUACUUUCCGUAUUUUGAAUCGACUUACUUGGCCGUUGCUGCAUCACUCAAUGGAGGGAACGUUUUAGCCACUUUUGUUGACAUGCUCAUGAAGUGGAUGAGUGAACUAGGUGCAGAGCUGCCCAUGUCCUCCAUAUAUGAGAAGCUAAUUGGAUGUGCCGAAACCCAAAGUACCAGUGAUUUGAAUGUGCUUCCCACAAUCCUAGGAGAGCGACACCGCCCCCUGUGUAUGGGACAGGUGACCAACAUCUGCCUCUCCAACAUUUCUCUGGGUCACGUGACACGAGCUCUUUGUCAUGGCAUCAUCAGUAACCUCAGCUCCAUGAUGCCAGCCGCAUAUCUGAAACAAGCCGGGGUCACCAGAGUAGUGGGCAGUGGCACUGCUCUGGAACGCAACCAGGUGCUCAAGCAGGAAGUGGAGCGAGCGUUUGCACAGAUGUCUGUUGUGUACGGACAGAACGCAGACUCUGCAGUGGGCGUGGCUAUGGUGCUAUGUGACAGGAUAUGA